UAUCUUCUAUAUCCAACAUCAAUUUUCUAUGCAAUCAUUUUUCCUCCAUACAUACACAUUCCCUUUUAAUUACUAACUCUACAAAUCUUUCAAAUUCAUUACAAAAAUGGAAGGGAUAAUACUAUCUUCAAUUUUGACUCUUGUUUUAAUGAUUUUCAGCACGCAAUCAGUUUCCGGGCAGAUUAGUACAGUGUGUAGCGCGGCCAUGCUACGUAGCUUUAGCCCUUGCAUAAACUUCAUUAGCAAUGGUGGGAGCAAUAAUUCUUCACCAACUUCAGAUUGUUGCAGAUCUCUCAAGUAUGUCAUGAACAAUGGCACAGAUUGCCUCUGCCUUGUUGUUACUGGAAACGUUCCUUUUCGCGUUCCCAUUAACAGGACUUUGGCUAUUUCCCUCCCUAAAGCUUGUAAAAUGGAUGGUGUCCCCGUUCAGUGCAAGGCAUCACCUUCCCCUAUUCCAUCUCCUAGUCCUAAAGCUGCUAAUAAUGUUCCUCAACCAUACACACCUCCUCUAAGACCAGUGGCUGAUACAAGACCAUCUCCAACAGAUAUCUUUGGAGACCCUGAUACAAAUUUAGGGUUCAAGCCUAAUUUGAUACCAUCACCAGCACAGGGUUCCCAGAGAUUUUCAGUAUUUGUUCUUCUAGCAGCCUGUGGGGUAAUGGCUUUGCAGUUCAACUGAACUGGCAAAUCAAUGUAAACAUGUGUUAGAAGUGUGAUGUAGAUGUACAUCAGGUUUAAAGUGCUCUGAUAACACUCAUUGCAGUACGUUUCAUGGAAUAUAGGUUUCAAGGUAUCAGCUUUUACAUAAAUUUUGAGCUUGAAUUUCCCAAACCAUUUUAAAUAUAUAGAUAGAUAGAUAGCAUCUAUACAUGUAGCUAAAGUGCAGGCAUUCCUGCGCUUGAAUUUUUUCAAAA